AUGUUUUUUUUAUUUCCUUCUCUUAACCAGGAGACUCCAGAAACUCCUGAUAUCAACAUCAAUCAGGAGGAACAACAAGUGGAGCAGGACCAGGAUCUAAGAGCUGAUAGCAGCCCCUGCCACUCCCAGACGCCCAGGACAUAUCUGCAAAUCCUGGAGCCAACAGGACAGGGACAGCUACGGGAUGAAUUAUACCGUAAGAUAUUUUAUGGCUUACUUGUGUCAUGGUUUUGGGGUUGGCACCGUAAAGAACAACUGGAUGUGUCCGUGACCAUCGUAAAGGACAUAGAGAAGAGAAAAGACAUCCUUCAAGAAGUGGAAGUCCUUGAACUUAUCAGAGGCCACGAAAAUGUCAUUGGCUACUAUGGGGCUUAUUACCAACGUGCCUCUGUAAAGAAGCCCCACUAUGAAGGACUGUGGAUUUCUAUGGAGCGUUGGAAUGGUGUAGCGGUGGAAGAUCUAAUCUACACCAGUGAGCAGUACUCCUUGCAUGAAAGCUGGAUAGCGUACAUCUGCAAGGAGGUAUUAAAGGGCCUGUGUCAUCUGGAAAACAAAAAGGUCAUCCAUCACGACCUGCGGCCCCAGAACAUUAUCCUGACAACAUCGGCAGAUGUAAAGAUCAGUGAUUUCAGCUCCGCCACCAUCGGGGAAAUGAGUCACAGUACGUCUGGGCGGAUUCCAUACCUGGCGCCAGAAGUACUGGCCAAUUUUGGCAAGAAGACCAUAUGGUAUAACUCUAAGGCUGACAUAUGGUCCUUGGGAAUAUCAGCACUUCAAAUGGCGGAAGGCUAUUACCCAUUCAGCAUAGUUUUCCCCCAGCAAAACUCAAUGAAACGCUAUCAUGCACGGACCCUGCCGCCAGUAAUUAUUGUGGACAAAAUGGUGGAGUCAUUUCAACUGAAAACAGAAAAGAGGGAGAGGAGCGACAACUUUAACAUUCAUUCCGUCGGCCAAUUGGCUCCAGAAAGAUCCAGCUUGGAGGCCGUCUGCUGGAAAGCUCUUAUCACUACCCCUCUCCAUUUGAGACUCCAGAAAACUCCUGAUGUCAACAUUGAACAGGAAGAACCAACAAGUAAGUACACGAACAAUCAAGUGGAGCGCCCAUGGAGAAAGGAUCUGGAUUCGCAUGCUUGCAACCCCCUUGCCCACUGCUUCCUUAUUGUUAAGGCAUCUAGACAUAUGACAAUGGUGAACAACAACAAGUGGAGCAGGAACAAAUCUGAUAGCUCGAUAACGAUAAGCAGUACCCCCUGCCAUCCCUUCUCCGAGGAUAAGAAGGACAUAACCAUGGUCAACAAUUAG